AUGCGCUCUUCAAUUUUGUUAAUUCCUGCCCUACAUGUUACACAACAAUUUGUUUUGGCCCAUCACCCGCACGCCGCCGCGCCCGCGCCCGCCCUCGCACUCGCCUCGCCCGCCCCCCGCGCCCGCGCCCGCCCUCGCACUCGCCUCGCCCGCCCCCCGCGCCCGCGCCCGCCCUCGCACUCGCCCCGCCCGCCCCCCGCGCCCGCGCCCGCCCGCCCCCCGCGCCCGCGCCCGCCCGCCCCCCGCGCCCGCGCCCGCGCCCGCCCGCCCCCCGCGCCCGCGCCCGCCCGCCCCCCGCGCCCGCGCCCGCCCGCCCCCCGCGCCCGCGCCCGCCCGCCCCCCGCGCCCGCGCCCGCCCGCCCCCCGCGCCCGCGCCCGCCCGCCCCCCGCGCCCGCGCCCGCCCGCCCCCCGCGCCCGCGCCCGCCCGCCCCCCGCGCCUUGAGCGCCUGGCGCCCGCCCGCCCGCCCCCGCGCCCGCCCGCCCUAACGCCUUGA